ACGCUCAAGUGGCAUAGCCGUUCCGUCCACUCGGUCGCCUUCUCGCCGGACUCGACGCGGCUCGCAUCGGCGUCGUCGGACAACAUGGUCAAGGUCUGGGACGCGAGCAGCGGCGAAUGCCCCCAGACGCUCAGUAUUGGCAAGCCACUUCAACGCAUCUCAUUUGACAUCUCUGGUACGUAUCUUCACACAGAUAUUGGCACUAUCGAGAUUUGUGUUCCACUAGGUUCAAGUCCGCUUCUAUCCCAUUCAGAACCUCAGAGUCCUCAAUGUCAUGGCCUAGCUUUAAGCGCGGAUCGUGUGUGGAUAAUAUACAACUCAGAGAAUUUAAUGUGGCUACCUUCAGAGUAUCGGCCGUCAUGCUCAGCGAUGUCAGGGAAUAUAGUUAGUAUUGGUGUUGGAACAGGAAGGGUGUGGAUUUGCAAAGUCGAGUUGAGUACGUCCUAA